GCCCGCUCUUGCGUUCAUCAACCUACAACAUGUCGAGCGGAUAUGAAUGGGCCAACUCGGCGGAAGCCUUCCUUGCCGCGACGAGCGGCCGCCGCGGUUACUCUGCCAUGAGCUUUUACCCGCCGAUGCAGCAGCAGCAGCCGAUCCAGUGCAUGCCGCAGGCGAUGACGCCGACCUCGAUCGACUCGUACGACAUGGAGAUCGUCGUCGCGGACGCCAAUGGCCCCAUGGUGCAGCUCGUGGCCAAGCGCAAGCUCGGCGACGACAACGAGGACAUGCUCUUCAAGCGCCAGCGCCUCCAGUGGUAGACGAGCCGCCGCAUCCCGCUUGCCCUCGGUGCGCAUCCAGGAUCCAUCGGUCAUGCUCCUCGACACUCUUGCGAUACGAACUAUUUAUGCAUAACAUGUACUCUAAAGGAAGCACGCUUUGGAUCUUCAC